AUGAUGAUGCCUCAGUUUGAAUGCCUAAACCGCUUCAAAUGGGCGAGAACAAAAGGCCGGUUCAGCAGCGUCAGAUCGGCGCUAUCCAGUGAAAAUCUAAAAAAAAUUAAAGACCUCCGAAAAAUCACAAACCUGUCAGUAGGCAUAUGUAAAAAUAUUCUGAACAAAAAUGAGUAUAACAUUGAGAGAAGUGUAGAUUAUAUUUUUCAAAAUUUUAAUAGAAGUUACGAAAAGGAUGCGAAAUUAACAGAAGGGUACUACUGCUUAUCGUCAAGGGGAAACUGCACAUCGAUAGCAGAGCUAAACAGCUACAAUGACUUAGUAUCGGAGAAUAUACAUUUUAAAGAGCUGUUAAUUAACCUGUGUAACAAAUUAAUUGGAGGUAAUAUAACUAGAAAAGUAGGGCAGUUAAACUUUGACGAAGAAGUGUUGCCUGAUUAUUUGCCCCUAUUCUAUGAUGAAAACAAAAUCGACGUUGACAAAAUGCUAAACCGUGUGGAACAUAAAGAUAUUUUUAAGCAUAUAUAUUUUAACAGGACCAUAAACCAGCUAAUUAACUACACGUCGUACAUUUUAAAUGACCAGAUAUUUUUAAGGAAAUAUUUACUCCUUAAUUUAGAUCAUCUGAAAAGUUGCCACCCAAAUGUCUACAUCAUUAAAAAGAGUUAUCAUCAUAAAGAAACCAAAAUUGACAACUUUAUUUUAUGUAAAGGUUUUUCCUUUUCAUUUCUGUUUAUUAAGUCUGAUGAAGUUAUCCCAGAACCGGUCAAACUGAUCUUAGAAAAAUUCGCUUCACUUGUAUGCGUAAACAUAUUGAUAUAUAAAUCCAGGCGAUGUUCCAGUGCAAACCAGUUUGACAUUCAUGGCUGUUUUUAUGUCAAUCACUGUGGACAUCCCGCUAAUGAAUUGGGACAAAAUGGAGGUAACGCUUCUGUGCAAAAGGGAAGCCAAAUGGACAGCACAGAAAGAAAUGCUAUGAAACGAGAAGGGGCUGCUCGUGAAGAGCAUGACGAUGAGGAGCAUGACGACUUUUUGCAAAAAAAGGUGCAAUCAUUCUGCAUAUUAAGUGAGUACAUAGAAAAAAUGGGUCACAAACGGUUAACAAAUAUUUCGAAAUGGGAUGUAACAUUUUCACAAAUUAUUAAACUUAUGGAGGACGAAUUCAAGAUAAAAAUUUUUCUGAAAAUUGUGUACUCUGUGCUUAAUGAAGAUAUGCUCAUUUUGUAA